GUUUGGACAAAGAUGGGAGCAACACUUAUAUAGGCAGUUCAGACGAAUGUUGAUAGAUUUUUCCCUAUUCGAUGCAAGCACAGCAUGUGGACUUUGGUACAGGGAAAACAAGGUACUUAGAUUUUCGUCUACGUAAUAGAGAGGCUACAGCAAGAUCAUUUGGCAAGAAGAUCUACGUUCGAUACACCUUUGAGAUAUCCGUUCCUAUUUCCGAGUGGCUGGUCGUCAAGGACUUCCGUCACGCUUUUGGCUUCUUCAAGUUGGAAUGUUUGAAAUAUCCUGACGCAAUGGAUUCCUCACGAAAGGGAAACUUCUCUGAAGACAAGUGCUGAGUUUAUUUCUUCUUUUCAAGCAAUUCGUCAAGUUUUGGACGCGUGUUAUUUCAUGAGAGGGGGAUCGCUUUUCAUAGGUCAACAACAUGGCUGCGAGCAGUUUCAAGCGCUUCCUGUAUCAAGGAUACAUGCUAGCUAUUUCCAUAUAACGGGCACGGACUAGUUACGCUUGGAGUUCUCAAUACAAGGCCAAGGACAGAGACGUGAUGUGCUAGAAUCUAUCUCCGUUUUCUUAAGGAGGCGCCACCAACGUGACGGGGAUUGUCGUGACCUUUUAAUGACCUUUCAGUCGCCAUGACCCUGACGGAGGAGUUCUGUGCUAUUUUCCGAUCCGUGCACGAUUUUUACGACAAACUUCACAAGCAGAGAUGGUUGUCGACUGAGCAGCGCGAGCAAGUGCUAGACCUGAAGGGUCUACUUGGUCUUGUGGAGGCGACUAGUCUUCAGGAGUUACUGGAGACCAUCGCAAACUCUCUCAGGCCCACGCCGAUCUUGGUAGACUUCAGAGACGAGGACCACCUGGAAGAAGAACUUCGACAACUUCUCAAUCGAAAGGAAUCGGAACUUCCCGCUACCACUUCGCUCCCAGAGCCGAAGGCAACAGAGAAACUUGGCGACUUUGUCAGUGUCAUUCGAAAGCGCUCUCGUAAGGGGAAGUACGCCAAGAGCCCGGCGGCGGCAGUGGCGAUGAUCCCCGAGAGAUGCCCGGAGGUUCUUCCCAGGACUUUGAUGAGAUAUCAAUUGAACAUUGCGUGGAAUACCUCUACUGGGUUUCCCAACGCGAUGGACAUCUACAAAGGCGACAUACCGCCUAGCUACGACAUCAGAAGAGCCGCGCUCAUGGGUCAAGUAUACGAAGAGAGACACGAAAUUCCCGAAGUUCUGUCGGUCAAGAAACAAGAAUACGUGUGCCCUCCUAUCUAUACUCGUCUGAAGAAUACCAAACCCUUCGGGAAGGACUGGCAAGUGAGUUACUUCACCAAGGGACAGUUUCGGACAGUCGAGACGGACUUUCCUGUCUGGAUAACGCACGAGAAGCUGAAGGGAUUCCUGGCCUGUGAUCAUUGUGUCACUAAGUACAACUACCGCACUCACACAGGCGCCACCAACGCUCUGUUUCUGCUGCUGAUUCGAGACGACACCUACCGCCGAGCCGGAAAUGCGUCAUCGCCCAACGGUGCACGUGCGCCCAAGGAGCACAUGUUCGUGAAUCUUCCUUCAGAGUUCCAGGUGUAUGUGGGGACGGCUGAGCGUGGAACCUUGGACAGGUGGGUGUACGGGAGAAACUCUCACUGCAACUCCAUCUGGGCCUUCUACAAACACGUCAACCAGCUCAGGGAGUGGAAACCCUUCCCCGGGAAGAUCAGCCUUCCCGAACUCUCGCUGGCUCUCGCGAGAAUGAGAGGACAGGACUGCGCGCUGUUCGUCAUCAGUAACCAUAGCAACACCAAAGACUUGAUGGACGAGGCUGCCAGGUUGAUCAAUCACUACGAACUUGGACCGUUCACGGACAUGAGGUUCGGCAUGAACGAGAAACUCAAGCAGGCCGUGGUGCCGACCAACAGUCGCGAGGUGUCGUCCGUUCUGACUAAAACGUGGUGAAACUGUAUCUGUCGUGUCAUUUGGCUGUCUUUCCGUGUUUUCACGGGUAGGUGACGGCGUCUGUUUGUCGCCAGGUCCCAGGUUGAUUUUAACUGUGAGUUAAGAAUUCAAGGACCCGGUCGUGCCCCAAAAUAACCUAUCGCAAUGCAGCGCGGUUAUCGAACUGAAAAAAC